GUGAUGUGCUCCACAAGAUGACAGGUACACCCGGGAUGCAAAAAAAGCAGCGGCUGUGGAUUCUGUGUGUGGUUUUGAUCACUGCAGCUGGAGAGGACAUUCCUUGUCCAAAAGGUGGCCGGAUCCACUUGACCAGCCGGCGAUGCUAUUGGCUCUCUGAAACGACAUCUUCGCCGCCUGAAGCGCAGGAUUCCUGCAGAGAGACUUGGGGAGGAGAUCUGGCAUCUGCUGACAGCCUGGAGCUGCAACACUUCAUCCACCACUCCUUUCCAGUGAAAAGCACUGUGUGGGUAUGGCUGAAGGGAUCAGCAGGAGAGGGGUCUGUCCAGGUUGGGGUUGCGGAGCCAGUAAGUCCUGCAUGGUGGACUGGAGCCAGUGAGAGCCAGAGGGGGUGUUCUCAGAUGGCCUUGGGGACAGAGGGACAGUGGAGGAAGGCACAAUGUGCUGGACGAUACCUCUUCCUCUGUGAAACAGAUGUAACUGAGUCUUUACCGUCUGUGGACAGUUACCUGACUGGAUUGGUUCUCAUGACCGGAAUCUAUGCUCAGACCCAGAUACACCCGUUUCCAAAUGUCCCAGACAUCGGAGCACUCACGGUGGAGAUGCAGCUGUUCCCAGGGAUGUGGUUCAGUCAUGCAGGUCAGUUGGCAUCAGUGGAGCUGGUGGUCCAGCCCAGCCCAACGUCCUCUCUGGCCCGGGUACAGAUCCUCCGACCCUACUGCAAUCCCAACCACCACCUGGUACCACCAGGCUGCAGCUCUCUCCUUAAUCCGUUCAGCUGCUGCUCAGCAGUGCCGCUGUGUAACACCACAGGGGGCUGCAGCUUGGGCCAGCACUGGUGCCACCUGUUGGAGGCCUGUGUGCCCACCGCCAGUCCCUGCAGCCCCUAUUCUGCAGCAGGGGCCCGUGGCUUUGCAUUACCGCCCAGAUACUCUGCGAUACCCCCCUUCUACCACAUGGUGGCAGACCUGCCUCUGAGAAUAAACCCCAGCUCUGAACUAAAAACUAUAAGCCUGCUUCUUCCAGAUCGAGCGAUCAUUGUCUACCCUGAUGAUAUUGUGGCUAUACAGCACACUCGUGACUCUGGUACAUUCCUACAUUGCCUGAGCAGUGAAGCAUCUCUAAACUCCCCCUGGCGACAGAGUUACAUGUCCCUUAGGAGGACGGAGUGGGGAGGCUGGUGGGAGGGAGGUCUCACUUCCCUGCCACACAGAGGCCAAUGGGUGGACGGGGUGGUGUGUGAUCUGAGGAUGCUGUAUGUGGACAAGAGUCUACACAGAGGUACCGAGCACGAUGAUAACUUUGGCUUCACCCACAGAGAGACAACCGCAGCUCCAGAUAUUUGGGUCCUGACAGCUGGUCCUACUCCGAGUCUGCGAUUUAAAUUUGGGCUUAAUGUCGUCCACCCUGUGCCAGAUGAAGAGAACCAGAUUCACGUCCAAAUCAACGUCCCAACACUUAUCGUUGUCAAGGUCCUGUCUGGAGAGAAAGCCAGGAGCUCAUGGUCAGCCCCAGUUCUGCAGACCGGGGUCCCCUUCCUUCCAUCUUGCCCUAAAGAGGUGGCUCUGUCUUGGCCUGACUGUAGGAGACAGUCCUCUGAUGCCUGGUUCUCUUCUGUGACCCUGGUGUUGCCCUCAGCAGGGGUUCAAACGCUGAACAUCAGUGUGAUGGAUGCAGUUAGCUCUCAGAGUGUGAGUGUGAGGGUUUGUGGCUAUGAGGCAGUGACAGGGCUUACUGUACAGCCACUUGGAUGCCAGAGGAUGCUAGUAGACACUCCACAGUCAUUUCAAGCUAAAAUGGAGAGUGGUUCCGCAGUAAAAUUCACAUGGGUGAUUGACGACCUGGAGAAGUUUGCCUAUGAAGGAGAAUCAUACAGUGUAGUGUUCAAGAAACCUGCAGAGUAUAAGCUCAUGUUGACAGCUUCCAAUCAUGUGAGCUCCCAGAGCCAACAAAUCCUCCUGACUGCUGAUGAAAUGACGCCACUGGGUGAGCCAGAAUUCCUGUUAGUCAGGGAGGUCGUAGCUGUGGAUGCUACACACCUCUACACCCUCAGAGUCAAAGUGGACAUCUCCCUGCCAGUCACAUUCAGAUGGGAUUUUGGGGAUGGCAGUAGCAAGGUGAUCCACACCCAGUCUGCUCCUUGUCAGAACAUAGAAGGGCUUAUGGAGAGAGGAGGGAAGCAAGUGUAUGUCCAGGACUCAGUGAACUAUACCUUUUCUAUUCCAGCUGACUACAAACUUCAUGCCCAAGUCUCCAACCAAUAUGACAAAACUGAUGCGUCAAUGAAGAUUAGCGUUCGCCCUCGAUUAAAACACCUCCUCAUUUCCUCUACCCCUCCUGUGCCACUCAUCAAACAGACUCUCGUUCUGGAAGCUUCGGCAAAGCCCUCCACCCAUGCUGUUGUCUACACAUGGGACUUUGGCGAUGGCUCUGAAGUUAUCCAAGGCAUCGACUGUAAAGUCAACCAUACGUUUGCAUCUGCAAGAGUGUAUAACCUCACAGUGUGUGCCAACAACACUCUUACAGUCCUGACCACUUGGCUCAUGAUGGAAGUUUUGGAGAAAAUCUCUGGAUUGACAGUUAGUUACAAUGGACCCAUUGAACUAAGCUCAGCUACAUAUUUCAGAGCUACAGUGGCCACUGGUACAAAUCUGCUGUGGAAUUUUGACUUUGGUGAUGGAUCCCUGCAGGGAAACGUUACAGAUGGUUCCAUCUCCCACAUUUAUAAGUCGCCAGGGCACUAUACAGUAGAUGUAACUGUCUUGAAUUCUGUCAGCCAAGCUCAUCAGUCUCUCUCUGUAGAGGUCUAUAGGUUGGCUGUUAGUGGAGUUCUCCCUACAGAAUGCGUCAUGAGUGGAAGAGACAUACAGUUUACUGCUCUGGUGAAAGGGAACAUAUCGAUUCUGACUUUCCAUUGGCUGUUUGGAGAUGGAUCACCUCUGGCUGUAGUGAGGGGACAGUCGACAGCCAUGCACACAUUUCAAAGUCAAGGGAUCUUUCAUAUUAGUCUGACUCUGUUUAGUUCUGUUACAUCUGUAUCAUUUAAUAUGAGUAUCUGUGUCGAAGCGCCAAUAACCAACAUGACAGUGCAGUUAUCAAAAGAAGUAGUGGCAAUAGGAGAAGAGGUAUGCGUCAGGGUGUUAGUUUCCCCCGGACAAAUCAGAGGUUAUCAAUUGAAGUGGUUAAGCAGCCCCUCUAGUCUCAUUGCCGUGACAGAAAACACUCAAAAGUGUUUUGUCUUUAAAGAUGAAGGUGUCGAAGAGGUAUCAGUUACAGCACUUAACAAAGUCAGCAACAAAACCGCGAGAGCUAGUAUCACCAUUCAAAACCCUGUGAGUAAGCUGUCUGUGGAGCAUGAUAGUCAAAGCGGCACACUGACCGUCAAUACAUUAGCAUCAUUUUGGGUUGCCAGUUGCACUGGUAGCAAUGUGUCAGUGCUGUGGGACUUUGGAGAUGGAUCCCCAGUGGAGCAGAAGCGAAAUGUGUCACACGUCUUUACCUCGACGGGUCAGUUCACAGUCACCGCCACAGCAUUUAAUGCUGUUAGCCGUGAUUCUGUGUCCCUUAAAGUCAAUGUUUUACUUCCUAUUUCAGACCUUUCACUUCACACCAACCAGCCUUAUGCUGUAGUAGGAGAAGAAACUCUUAUCUCAGCAAUUAGCAGUGCUAUCGGUAGCACCAACUACUACUGGACUGUAGAUGGUUUAAACUCAACCAAACAGGGGACUUACCAGUUUAGAUUCGCUUUCCUGAAACCAGGAGUGUAUCAAGUGAGGGUUAUUGCACAGAACUUGGUAAGUAGAAAGGAAGCAGCUAUUUUGAUUGAGGCCUUAGAAAGUAUAGAGGGUCUUCAGAUUGAAUGUCAGAGCCUGACAAAUAUGAAAUACAUACCAACCCAAGAGGAACUGCUGUUUAUUGCUUCAAUCACCAAGGGCUCCAAUGUCAGUUAUCACUGGCUUGCUUUACAUAAUGGAAUAAACCGACAAAUUACUGGUGAUGGAGAGCUUUUUCAUAUGUUAGUUGAAACUCCUGGUGGGGUUUCAGUUGAGCUAAGAGCUUCCAACAAGUUAGAUGAAGCCACCAGCAUUGUUUCUUUAGUGUCAGUACAGCGUGUAGCAGGUGCACACAUUACAACACAAUCAAACACUGUGGCAUUAGGGAAAUUAGUGAAUAUCUCUGUAUCUGUGGUUACCGGGUCAGACCUACAGUACCUGUGGUACGUGAAAUCUGAUCUUACACCCUUGCAGACACACACACCCUUUCUUCUCCACACUUUUACAAGUGUUGGUCAUUGUCUUGUUAGAGUUUCAGCUCAGAAUGUCCUUAGCCACAGCAAUAUCACCAAAGAGUUUAAUGUUCAGGAGGAGGUCCAAGAGAUGGACUUUGAAAUUGAAGGAAAGACGCAUCCCUUUUAUAUCACCACACGUGCGGCAGUUCAACUCCAUGGGCUUAUUCGGAAAGGAAGUGAUCUGCAUUGGAACUGGGAAGUUAGAGGUGCUAUGCUUUUUAAUUCUACAAAUCAGACCUUUAUCUACACUUUUCCAUUGGCAGGUAUCUAUCAGGUGUCUUUAAAUGUCUCCAAUGGGAUAAAUUGGCAGAUGGUUUCACACAGUGUCACUGUUGAGGAUGCAAUCGAAGGUCUAAUGCUGAACAUUUGCAAGUCUUCCUUUUGCACCGAGGAACCAGUUACAUUUAUUCCAACAAUUUCCCAAGGAAGCAAUGUAAGCUUUGCCAUAACAUUUAGAAACAAAGACUGGAUUCAUAGUCAGGGCAUUCUUAAAGGACGGUUCACCACAUCAAGCCUUCCAGCAGGGACACAUCUAGUUACAGUGAAAGGUUGGAACCUGGUCAGUAGUGCUCAGGUGUCUUCCAGCAUUCUGGUUACUGAGCAUAUUCAAGGUUUGCGCCUUGUGAACUGUUGUUCUGAUGCUCUAGAGGCUCAGAAAAGAAUCCAGUUCAAGGCAGAAGUUAAAAGUGGACUUCCAGUCAACUACACCUGGAUAUUUCACUUGGUAGGGUCUGAGCCCACCUGGCUCAAAGGACAAGAAGUGAUUUUUACUCCACCAGAAAAUGGUUUAUUGACGUUUAGCGUGCUCGCCACCAAUGGAAUCUGCUCCAAGAUGGUAAAUGAUACUGCCACAGUUCAAUGGCCUGUGAAAAAGGUCAAGCUUGUCUGUCAUUCAGAAAGAAUAUUUGUUGGACAUGCUGUCAGGCUUUCUGCAAAAGUUAAUGAAGGGAGCAAUCCCAAAUACCUCUGGGACUUUGGAGACUCCACUGAAGCAUUGGUGACAGAAUUAAGCACAGUCAAUCAUACUUAUUAUAUUCCUGGGAAAUACAGUGUUAUGGUCAAAGUUCUCAACAGUGUAAGCUAUGUGUCCACACUGCUCGACAUGGAGGUGGAGGAGCCUCAGUGUUCCAGCCCUCAAGCUUCUCUUGUCCAGAGCCAGUCUACUAUCUUCAGGUCUAGACCGAGUUUCUUUGAAGCAAGCACGGAUAUUACCUGCUCUGCUUACAAAGCCACAUACCUAUGGGAGAUACUCAAAGACUCUGAUUGUACCAACUUAGAAUUCUCUGGUAACAAAGUAAUUCUUAGAAGUCAGGUAGAUGCAACUUUGCCUUUUCUCUUACUCCCGAAGCACACUCUCGAUUUGGGACAGUAUUGCCUGGUAUUCAGUGUUUCCCUCCAGGGAACUCCUCUACUUGCCCAACAAAAAACAAGCGUUACAGUGGUCCACUCAAUGCUGGUAGCUGUCAUCAAAGGAGGAUCCCACAGACUGUGGCCCAGCCUCAGUGACCUCGUCUUGGAUGGAUCUGAGUCUGAAGACCCUGAUGUAGAUCCAGGAGUGGAAGAUACACUGCAGUACCAUUGGACCUUCAUGACAUUGAACUCAACGGAAUCUCAUUUUGCAAAGCAGGCCAUUGGGAGUAACAGCAGUAUAAUGACUGUACUGAGCACCCAGCUGCACCCAGACACAGUCUACGUUUUCACCCUCACUGUACACAAGGCAGGGAGGAGACCUGCCUCUGUCAACCAGACAGUGACUGUGUGUGAAGCUCCUGUGCUUCCUGUGAUUGUGGAGUGUGUGUCCUGCUCUGUGCUGUCCUCCGCACACCAUGUUAGUUACACCGCCCCCAUCAUCCUCUCAGGACAAUGUGGACAGUGUGACGACCAGGCUCAGUACAAAUGGAGCGCUGAGGACCAGACUGGCAUUACCCUGAGCCUUAACGCGGUCUCCACCUCUACAGGAAGACAUUCUUCUAACUUGGUGGUGCGUUCAGGUGUCUUGCAGCCAGGGCAGAGUUAUACCUUCACUCUCAAUGUAUCCCAGCCUGGCAGAGGGCAGUGGGGCAGCGCCAGCCUGACGAUACUACCUAACAAUCCGCCGCACGGAGGCCUGUGUGAUCUCAGUCCGGAGUCAGAUAUACAUCUGCUGGAGACAGUGGUCACCUACAACUGCUCAGGGUGGCAAGAUGAUGAAAGCAGGACCACUCAGCUGAUCUAUACUUUCCAGGUAGCACCAUGCCAGCCCAUUGGCACAGUGUGCCCUCUGCUCACUCUGUACAGGGGUACCCGUUCAACAUUUGGCAGCCUGGUUCCAAUAGGAAGUCCUGGCCAAGAAAAAAACAUGUCAGUAAUCACAGUCACAUUGCUGGUAGAAGACCAUCUGGGGGCAAAGGCCAUCGCUCUGAACAGAAUGUUGACAGUUGAAAAUCCUGCAAGACACGGAGUUGCCAGUCAGUGGCUCAGAAUCAAGAGCCAGACAGAGCUGUGGGCUUUAGUCCAACAUGGCAAUCCUCAAGAGAUCAUCCCUUAUUCCAUUGCCCUCACCAGUCAGCUCAAUCAGAUGGAGCCUGUACGGACUGCCAUGGAGCUCAUGGACAGAAGGGAGAUCCGUGAAAAUGUGACCCAAGCCCUGGCCUCUCUCCCCGUGUCCUCCUUACUGCAUGUUGAUCAGAUCAGCUCAGCGUUGUCACUGUCAACUGCUGUUCCUAGAGAAUUGGUAUGUGAAAAGUGCCAGGAGAAGGUUCUGGAGGCUGUGGGCAAGAUGAUCCAUGUCAUGGAGGAACAGAUGAGUCUUGGUGUUUUGUCAGCUGUGGAAACAGGGAAGAACAUCCUUAACAUCAUAGGUAGCAUCCUGGCAGCUGCCUCUGAGUCUGUCAGUGCUUUCAGAUCUCACCCAGCCCACACACGCACUCUGCACUCAGCUUCCACGACCGCCCAGUCAGCGCUGGGUCACGCCGGGGCCCUGAUGCGCUCUCUGAUGCGUUCCCGUGUUCACAGCGAGGCGCCCCUUUCACUAUCCACUGAUUAUAUCAACACAGUGGGUUUCCACGGAAACCCCACUGACCUCCUCUGCAGUCUCCAGUCCAACCAAAACCAGAUCAUCCCGUCCGAGUCAUCAUCAGCUGACAGAUCGAAGAGUUCUCGCCCGUGUCCGUUUCAUAUCCCCAGCUCCCUUACCGCUCACCUGAAGAGUCAGAAGUCUGACGUGGUGCAGGUACUGUUUGGUAUGGAUGCAGAGUUGGGAUCCAACCCAUUGCUGACUGGAGCCGACCCUCCAAUUUCCACUGCUCUGGUUGCCAUGGAGCUCAGCACACCUCAGGGCCAACCCAUCCCCAUCCAGGAUCUGGACCUGGAGCAGGCCAUACGGGUCACCCUGCCCAACAAGUUCCCUGUGGGACAGGACGAUGUGAGGGUAGGUGAAGCUGGGAAUGGGACGUGUCUGACUGUGACUCUCUCCACUGAAGGAAGGUUGAACCUCACAGUCAAAGCCGUGGAUGGACUGGAUAAAAACGCAGGUUUAUUUAUCUCCUUCAACUUCAGCCUGGACCCAGGAGCUACUCCAGUGAGUCUGGGACAUGUCAAGAUAGAAGUGAGCUCUACAGUGCCAGGGACUAAUGCAUCCCAGGAUUCCCUGGUGAGAGAGUGGGCUCUCACUCUCUUUGCUCCGACCACCUCCACAGAGGAAACCAUAUUUCUGUCUCCACUUUUGGACAGGACAGACAAGCCUCUCUUUGUCAACCUGACCUGGUCUCUGGUGGACGGCUCUCCCGUCCAUGUGUCGGUGUGUGUGUUCAGCUCUCUGUGCCAGUACUACAGUGUGAAGGAGAGGCGUUGGAGCAGUGAGGGUCUACAGCCACUGGAGGGCAGCACACUCCACGCAGCACACUGUCUCACCCAGCACCUCACCAUGUUCGGGGCCAGUGUGUUCGUCCACCCUGGGGCUGUUGUUCUACUGCCACCGCCAGGCAGCCCCGUGCGUAACGUGCUGGUGGGGAUUGUGUGUGCUGUCCUGGUUCUGAUUCAUCUGCUGGCGGGGCUCAUCGCCCAUAAACUGGACCACUUGGACAGCCUGAGACUGAGCCAGGUCCCUCUGUGUGGCCGAGUGGGGCUGUACCACUACAGAGUGCUGGUCAAGACUGGCCGGAGGAGAGGAGCAGGUACCACAGCACACGUUGGCAUCAGUCUGUACGGUGUGAACAAGAGCGGCUCUCGCCAUCUGCAGAGGGGGGGAGCUUUUCAGCGUGGCAGCCUGGACCAGUUUCACCUGGAGACAGAUGACAACCUGGGAGAAGUUUGGAAAAUCCGCAUCUGGCAUGAUAACACAGGUCUGGAUCCGUCCUGGUAUGUUGAGCAUGUGGUGGUUUGGGACCCUCAGACAGACAAUAUGUUCUUCUUCCUGCUGGAGGACUGGCUCUCUGUUGAGAAUCCGAAGAACAGCUCUGUGGAGAAGGAAGUUCUAGCCUCAUGUCCCGAGGAGCUUUCUCAGUUUGGACGAGUCUUUACCUCCCAGCUGAUGUUUGGGAUGGUUGAGGACCACCUGUGGCUGUCGCUAUGGGAACGUCCAGCCCACAGCCGCUUUACCAGGGGUCAGAGGGUGACGUGCAGUGCUCUCAUGCUGCACCUCUACCUGGCACUGGGGGCUCUGUGGUACGGGGCUGUUGGCAUCGAGGGCCACAGUGGACCGGUGUCAGCCCAGCUGCUGGUUAACUGGGAGGCAGUUGCCGUGGGGAUGACUGUUGCAGUACUGGUGUUUCCUCUCCAGUGUUUCCUCUGUUUCCUGUUUAGGAAAGCUCACAGUCAGGUAACCGUGGACACGUCAGUUCCACCAUCUCCUGUUUGUCACUCUGUGGAGAUGGACGUUUACCUCGGCCAAUCGGAGCUCUCUGGCCCUUCCUUCCUGUCUCUGCCAGACUCCUCCGGCCUAGUCCAGGACAGUCCUUCAUCGUCACUGGAGAGCAAGGGCUUGGACUCUAGUAUUCUGGACUUUUGGGCUGCGUCUGGCUUGGUGCCCCGGACAGGUGGUGCAUGUCAAGAGGAAGGAAUAGCGACAUGGCCGUCCUGCGACAGCCUCCUCAAUCUGCCAGUAGGCCCAUGCCUCACAAAGACGAGCCCAGCCCUCAGCCUCUGCAAGGCUUUGCCCGCUUUGGGCCCUGUGCGCCAGCUAAGGAGAAAAAAGGCCCUGAUGCAGCUCCGCCUGGCCCCACCCUCCUCCACUGGCUCACCUACUGCUCUUCCCUCUCCCCUGUACACAUAUCCGCUUUCAAAAGAAACUUCCAGUUCUCAUCGAUCCCCUGCUUCACUGGACCAAAAGGUCUCCACCAUGAACGUUACCUUAGAGCAAGCUCGUAACCACAAUCUGACAACACUUCUGACUAUGUCUGAGGAGGAUCUGCUGAUGAGUAUCGCAGCAGCAGAUGACACAGCAGAAAUAACUAACUCUAGCAACUCAGACAGCGGCCGGGAUUCCCCUAGAACCACCUCCUCAUUCUCAACCAUCCAGAGCACCUCCUGCAGUAGCUGGUCGGAGCACUCCCUGUAUGGGGCAGAGAUCUACAAGCCGGCCCCACAGUCCUGUCUGUCCCUGUAUGUGGCAGGACUCUACAAAUGUCCCUCUGUGCUCUCUGUAGACUCCGUGGCUAGCACCUUCCUGCCGAGCCCUUCUCCUGACUCCACACGCUCCUCCUCCACCACACGCAUAGGUGUUGCUCGGGGUCAACCCAGCUGGCUGCUCCCUCCCUGGGCGCUGUGUGUGAUAUACCCCCUGGUGACGGUGCUGCUAGGAGCAUGUCUGGCUGUGGCCGGACUCUACGGCAGCUUCCUGUCCAGAACGGUAGUCCUCAUGUGGCUGGUAUCGGCUCUCUCUGCCUUCCUCGCCUCUGCUCUGCUGCUGGAGCCUCUCAAGGUGUGUGUGCAGGCCUUGAUCUCCACAGCCCUGUGGAGGCCCGUGGAUCCAGAGGUGGAGGAACAGCUGGCUCAGGAGACCACGGUGGUGAGGGCGUUCGGAGAUCAUGGCGGGAAGGUGUGGCCACCGUGCGGCUACGGGCUGCUGCAGGCUAAAGAGGAGGCCCGGAAAGUCCGAGCUCUACGCUCACUAAUGAGACACUGUGUGUGCCAGCUGUUAUUGCUGCUGCUGGUGCUGAUGGUGAACUACCAGGACAGCAUGGAGCAGAGGCAGGGCAGGCUGCUGCACUCAGCUGUCAGACGGCAUCUUCACACAGCACCCUCGGGGGUCCCGAACUUCACCUCACUCAGACACUGGUUGGAUGCAGAGCAGUGGAUCAAUAACACCUUGGUGCUACACCUACACCAAAACCCCGCACUGCGCCUGGUUGGACUGCCACGGCUGCAGUACACACAUACCCUCCGUCCUCUUGCACGUGUCUCUCUGGGAAACAGCAGUGUGACAACACAGCAGCUCCUCGCCGACUUGCACAUGGCUGACUGGAGCAAGAAACAGUUUAAAACUCUUUCUAUGGACUUCACACACUACCACCGAGAGUCUGGUUUAUUUGUGUGUGUGUCCAUACAACUAGAGUGGGCUCAGACACAGAGAGUCAUCCCCUUUCUCUUCAUCCAUCCAAUCCUCAUCCCUUCAUCCUUCUCUGUACCGGACCUGCAGGUGCCACUUACGGUUCUCCUUCUCAUCUCUGCUCUCCUCAUCUUGUUGGAAGAACUUUGGUCCGUUGCUACUGAGCGUGCCCAGUACCUGCGUCAAUGCAGACACUGGUUCCAGCUUCUACUGGCCAUGUUGUCCCUGGCAACGGCAAUCCUGCAGCUCAGCUUCCUGUCCCAAGCCACGUCCUGUGUUUCCAAGUCUAUUGAAUCUCCCUUGCUGUGUGUUCCAGCUGCUGGGAACCUUGCGGUUUGUGCGGAGGUGGGUGGUGUUGGGCAGAGUGCUGCAGAGAGCCUGGAAGCAGCUGUGGGCUCUGACGGUCCUACUGACUUUGCUGCUGCUGCUCUGCGCUCACCUCGGAAACAUGUGGAAGGUUUCCUGUCAGUACGACAGACUGGCGUCUCUGUGCUGUCCAUCCUGCGUGGCCGGAUGGCUCUCCAAAGACUGUGCAGGCUCCACCCGGUCCUGGGCCCUCUCUAUGGGCUGCUACUGAUGGGUGGAGGUGUUUGGCUCUUGGCCCGACUCUGUGGAGCUGUUCUCAUCCGUACAUACAGGGCGGAGCAGACUGAGCUGUACUGUCCAACCAUUGAACCUCAGGACUAUGAGAUGGUGGAGUUCUUCAUCAAGAGACUGAAGCUGUGGAUGGGACUCACCAAACCUAAAGAGUUCAGGCACAGGGUGAAGUUCGAAGGUAUGGACAUCCCUCCUUCCAGGUCCUCACAGGAGUCCCGUAUUUCCACCCUGUCUUCCACCCUCCCCUCCUCCCGCUCUCCUUCUCCGUCCUCCUCAUUUUCGUCCCCGUGUCCUCUGUCCUCGGCUCUCUCUACGAGGUCUGAGGACUCGUCAGUGUCCGAGCCUGGGUUGGACGUCCAGUCCUACCUGGACCGCCUGCUGCCCUGCGUCAGUGCACUGCUGUCUCGUUUCGACCAGGUCAAUCAGAUAACUGAGGACGUUCACGACCUGGAAAUUAAACUAGAAGAGGCUCAGGCGAGGAGAAGGAGAAAGCAGAGUAACGGCGACAAAGGUGCAGAAAGAUUCCGAGAGCCAGCAAAGCCAAAGGAACUGGAAGGAGAAACAGGAGAAGUGAGACUGAGGAAGACAGGUUUUCUUUACCCCAAGCCACGAAUCUCCCUUCCAUCCUCGUUCUCUUUCGCUCCCUGCAUACUUCACUCCUCCGCUGCGUCGGUCUGUAGCUUCCGCCGUACACGUAGCACCUACUCUGAGUCUGAAUCAGUACCAUUCCAGCCUCAGGGAUCUAGCAACAACUAUGCUUCGGAAGCAGCCAAGCUUGCAUCUGGACUCUGUGCUAUGAAUCCUGCAGGUUCUCCUGGAUAUGACAGGUUCCCUAGGAGAAGAGCUUGGCAUUCUGGGAGCUCACAUUCAGCUGAUGCAGCUCAGAGAGUCUUCCAGGCCCAAGGUGAAGCUGCUCCAUGUGGCAAUGGAGGAGAGUAUUUAGCAGUCACUAACACCAGACCCAGGAGUGAAGAAGGGGUGAGAAGGCAUAUCAAUGGCGGAGUCCCUGUGAAGAGGAAAGCUUGGACAGAGCAAGACUGACCAUGUGUUUACACUGGAACCAAACUUAGUUAUACGUAUAAUGUAGUAGUUUUAUCAUAUUUGUUGUAUAAAUGUGGUAUCUGUGGUUCUGGAAGAGUUUGGUCAAGUCUGAGAAAAUGAGAAACCCCCCACGAUGUCAUCAGGGGUAUAUCGGCUUGGGCUUGGAAACCAUUGGUGUUUUAAAAACAAAGCCUGUAGGGUUGUGGAGUUUAAAAUAUGUGGUCAUUUACAAGUCAGAGGUCCCUUUUACACAUGCACUGCAACCAUGACAUGGUCUAGACAUUACUCAGAAGAGCUGUAUGUGAGAACGCAAAUGUCUGAAUCACUUGGACCGGACAUUAAAUGACUUUACCCUGCCAGCUCCUUGGUACAAAGUAUGUAUAAUGUCCAGUUGAGUCAUUGUCCUGCGUCCUGUGUUGAUUACUUUCCUAUGAUGCGAUUGGCUCGAAACAAGAUUCUGGGACUUCUGUCGUUAAAGGACGAUGCUGAAAUCAUCAGACACAUUCAAGGAACGGCAAGAGACUCUGUUCUUUAUGACCAAAUUACGAACCGGCUAUGUGACAGAGCUUCUUCCUUCUUCUUUUUUUACAGCUAGAGUGAGUCAAGUGGAAGUCUCCAUUUCCGUACCAGGAUUUUACAAUCAUGGUAAUUGUAAAAUCCCAUGUUUUGCAGCUUAACGCAUAUCGGGACUAC